ACCCUAUGAUAAUGGUGUCAUAGCUCAACUUCGCAACUUAAGCACUAGUCAAACUGAAACUGCAGACAAGAAUGAUCUCUCGGUUUUUCGGCUAACCAAUGUGUAGUUUUCCUCAAUAAAUUAUUAGGUAUAUUACAACAUAAUGGCUGGACAUUUAUUAAAAUAUUUGACUGAUGCCUUGGGGAAAUUUGAGUAUGUAUACCUAACACCUUUGCUAAGGAGGCCUCCAACUCCACAUUGGAUCCCAUUAGUGGUGCAGGCACCUGAACAGUUAAUUGAAAAAGAUGAAUCAUUCGACAUUAAAAGCAUUUUUGAUGGAUUCUUAUGGGGAGUACCUACCUGCCGGCGCAGUGCUGAAAAGCGUAUGAUGAGAAAGUAUGGUGCUCCCAACUGGCACAACAAACUUAUUCUCCCACGAAAGGAUAUCAAAACCUGUGGUACUUGUGGCCACAAUCAUGAAGCAGGCCGUUUAUGUCCAAAUUGUUACUCAAAAGUAAAAGCUGAGACAUCUGUUUUGCAAGAAAAAAUGGUUCAGGAACUGGGUCUUGAUCCCAUAGAUAAAGAAAUCGCCAUUGUAUACCAAGGAGAGAAAACUCAAUUCGACGAUGAAUUCUUCAAGGGUAAAAGAGUUGUUCAAAUGGAAAAGCCUCGACCAAAAUGGUUUAGCAAAAACCUGUUGCAGCGAUGUGGACCAAAUUCUGACGUGAACAACAGUGAACACACAAUUAUAAAGCCUCAUGAUUUAGGCUAAUAUUUUAAUUUAUCUUACCUGGUUAGUUUAUAAGAAAAAAUAUACCAAUUAUGGAGUUA